AUGACCAAGUCUCUAAAACGCAAACACCAGCACGACGAACCCCAGGCAAAAGGCACCAUGCUCCGGCUCCACGCGCCCCUCGCUCGCGCUGCCACGACCCUGGACAGAUCCCUCUUCGCCAAGACGCUCAGCCUGGCCGCCGCCACGGUGCAGGACAACCGCAACAUUGCGCGCCUCCGAAAGCAGCUCACCAAGGGCCGUGAGCUGCUCGAGUGGGAGAGGCUGAACGCCUGCAAGCCUGAUCCUGUCGAGGCGGGAAAGAAGUGUCUUCUGCUGAAGGAGGGCGUCAAGGCUGACGCGCCGUCGACAUGGGGCCCUCUGCUGCAGGCGGCUGUCGAGGCCCAGGAGGUUUCCGUCAUUCCUUAUGAGCUUCAGCUCGACUACGAUUACUGGUCUUACCUGGAUGUCAUCAGCUCGAUCCUGCCGGAAGACCUUCACGGAGAGAUCCCCGUCGGUUUCAACACGGCUGGUCACAUCGCUCAUCUCAACCUUCGCGACCGGUACCUCCCCUACAAGUCCAUCAUUGCGCAAGUCAUCCUCGACAAGAACCCCAAGCUGCGCACCGUCAUCAACAAGACGGACAAUGUCGGCACCGAGUCCGAGUUUCGCACGUUUACCUACGAGGUCCUCGCCGGCCCCAACGACAUGGACGUCGAGGUCAAGGAGAACGACUGCACGUUCCAGUUUGACUACUCCAAGGUCUACUGGAACAGCAAGCUCGAGACGGAGCACUCGCGCCUCAUCCGCCUGUUCCAGCCGGGCGAGGUCGUCGCCGACGUCAUGGCGGGCAUCGGCCCCUUCGCCAUCCCCUCGGGCCGCAAGGGCGUCUUCGUCUUCGCCAACGACAUGAACCCCGAGAGCUACAAAUGUCUCGACGCCGCCAUCGCCCGCAACAAGGUCGGCCAGUACGUCCGCGCCUUCAACCAGGACGGCCGCGCCUUCAUCCACGCGUCGGCGCGCCUCGUCCGCGAGGCCGCGGCGCGCGGCGACGAGGUCGUCCUCCACCCCAAGACGUCCCGCAACAGGAGCCCCGGCGACCCCAUCCCCGCGCCGACGCGCAUCCCCCUGCCCGCGACCGUCAGCCACUUUGUCAUGAACCUGCCGGCCUCGGCCACGACCUUCGUCCACCACUUCCGCGGCCUCUACCACGGCCAGGAGGCCCUCUUUGCGCCGUACACCCUCGCCCAGCUGCCCCUGGUGCACGUCCACUGCUUCGCCGUCAAGCAGGACGACGAGGUGCCGCUCCUCGACAUUUGCGACCGCAUCUUCCACGAGAUUGGCGUCCGCUUCAAGCCUGGAGACGCCGCGAACGAGGGCGAAAUGUCCAUUUACAACGUCCGCGACGUCGCCCCCAAGAAGCGCAUGUUCUGUGCCUCUUUUCGCAUCCCACCCGAGGUGGCCUUUGCCUCUGAGACGUCUUGA